AAAAAAGAAAAGAAAAAAAAGAAAAGAAAGAGAGAGCACACCACCACUACACCAAGCACCAAUACACUAUUCCAUAGAAAGAAGCAGCAGUAGCAAAAACUGAGAUAUCAGAAAAACCAAACCCAGACCAAAACAAGACUAGCAACCAAAUAAACAAACACAGCAUGUAAACUUUCACCACACAAUUUUCCCACCUCCCAAACACGACUCUUCCAACCAUGCCAACUCGCCAAAUCUCUCCCUCCGAAUCACAAACCCAAACUGCACCCACACCGAUCACCACCACCGCCACAAAAUCAGUCUCAUCUAAACUCUUCCCACCUCUCAUAGCCUCCACCGCCGCUUUCUCCAUCUUCUUAUUCCUCGUCGUUCUCUACCGCAAACUCACCCGCCGGAAACGCACCACCCCGGCAGACUCAGACUCGGCUCAGCCCCCGCACCGCUUCUCCUACUCCGUCCUCCGCCGCGCCACCAACUCCUUCGCCGACCGCCUCGGCCAAGGAGGGUUCGGCCCCGUCUUCUCCGGCUCUCUCAAAUCUCUCCCCAUCGCCGUCAAGGUCAUGGACUCCGGCUCUCUCCAAGGCGAGCGUGAGUUUCACAACGAGCUCUUCUUUGCUUCCAAGCUCCAAUCUCCUUAUCUAGUUUCCGUACUGGGUUUUUCUUCCCACCGCAAACGGCGCCGUAUGCUGCUCGUUUACGAGUUGAUGCCGAAUGGGAAUCUUCAGGACGCGCUUCUGAAAACUAAAAGGCCUGAGCUUUUGGAGUGGAGGAGGCGAUACGAUGUCGUUCUUGAUAUAGCGAAGGGGCUUGAGUAUUUGCAUAGUUUGGAUCCCCCUGUGAUUCAUGGAGAUAUUAAGCCUAGUAAUAUUUUGUUGGAUCGGUCUUUCAAGGCCAAGAUUGGAGAUUUUGGGCUUGCUAGAGUGAAAUCGGAGAGUCAGAAUCAGUGUGAGAUUACGGUGGUUGAUGAUGGCGGAGGAUUGGAGGUGAAGAAGGAUGGUAAUGGAGUCGAGGAUUGUGGUUCAGUGGUGGAGGAGACUGAGAGCGUGACUACUUUUGAGGAUUUCGGUGGUCCUGCUGUGGGUCAAUCACCGUCGCCGGAGAGUGUUCUUCGGGUUGAAAAUUCGGUGACUUCUCCGGAGACAGUAGAGGCGGUGAACACGGUGGUGUCACCGGAGAAGGCAGUGUCGCCGGAGGGGAAUUUGGAUGGUAAAGGAAAGAGGAAUGGGAAAGGGAUAAAGAGUGCUUCGGGGAGGAGGGAUUGGUGGUGGAAGCAAGAGAAUGGAGAGGCGGAGAUUAAGAAGGACUAUGUGAUAGAGUGGAUUGGGACUGAGAUAAAGAAAGAGAGGCCGAAGAGUGAUUGGAUUGGCGCUUCUUCUUCGAACAGUGGAGCAACUGUGAAGUUGGAGAAGAACAAGAAGAAGAACAGGAAGAGUUUGGAGUGGUGGGUGUCAAUGGAUGAGGAAAAGAAUGCAAAGAAUUCGAAGACUUCGAAGCGGAGGCAGGCUAGGGAGUGGUGGAAGGAGGAGUAUUGCGAAGAGCUAGCUAGGAAGAAUAAAAAGAAGGGCAAGAUAAGCAAGCAUAUGGACGACAAUGGCAACGGAAAUGGCGAUAAUUGGUGGCCAAGGGACGAGGAUUUGUAUCCAGAGAGAAAGAAGAAGAGGAGCCGGAGUCAGAACAGUCGGGGUAGUAGUAUUGAUUGGUGGUUAGACGGGCUAAGCGGUGAGCUAUUUCGUGCUCGUCGCAAUAGCCAUGAUUCGGGUAGCGGUGGUGUUAGUAGCACACCGAGUAUGAGGGGAACUGUUUGUUAUGUUGCCCCUGAGUAUGGUGGAGGUGCGGAUAUAUCAGAAAAGUGUGAUGUAUAUAGUUAUGGGGUCUUAUUGUUAGUUGUCAUUGCUGGGCGACGCCCACUUCAGGUGACGAAUACGCCCAUUUCAGAAUACCAAAGAGCUAAUCUUUUAUCGUGGGCGCGCCAACUAGCCCGCACGGGGAAGCUUCUUGAUUUGGUUGAUAAAUCUGUAGAGAGUUUGGAUCGAGAACAAGCACUGCUUUCCAUCACGGUUGCUUUGCUUUGUUUACAGAAGAGGCCUGCUCGUAGGCCUUCAAUGAAACAGGUUGUGGGGAUGCUUACUGGUGAGUUGGAACCACCCCAACUGCCAAUUGAACUUUCCCCUUCAACUCCUUCUCGUUUUCCUUACAAGUCACAUAAGAAUGUUCGGUGAGUUUUUAAGGAGUAGCAACCAUCAAUUUUUUUCAAGAAGUUUAGUGCAGCGUUAUAGAUUAUUUGGUUAUUCAUCUUUUUGGAUGAAAGAUGUAAAGUAAAAAGAAGAAUAUAAUUCACAAUUGGAUGGGUUUAACUUCUGCCA